AUGGACAAACAAUGUAUGGAACCAUCUAAUAGACGGUCUGCAGAAAGAAGGCAAAGAAGAAGAACUUUACUCGAGACUAAGAAGCCUAAAAAAUCCCCAGGUCCAAGUUCUGGUGCCAAUGCCAAUGCCAAACUCCAACAAAAUCAACAAUCUGUAUAUUCAACACCACUUACUGAUAUAACAUCAGUUGUACUCAACAUUCCUACUACAUCAUACUUUCAUCAAAACUAUAGCUCCCCAAAUUUACCCAAUUUCAUAAUACCUACCAAUUUACCUGAAAGGAAACAUGUAGCUGGAAUCAAUCUUCUUACCAAAUUUGCAGAUACAGAUAAAUGUAUUCCUGGACCUGCUUUAACUGCAUCUGCUGCUACUUCCAAGAACAAAACCCCUACCACCAACAUUUGUCUUCGAACAUCUGUUGAAUCAAACAACAAAAAUGUCAUAACAAAACAUACAAAAACCAAGAAAAUUGCUAAACCAGAUUUUCUACACCCAGUUGCUCCUCAAUACCACGGAAUACCAUCUAUAACAAGAUCUUUACCUACUGGACUAGAUCAAAACAAUGCUAAGAGAAAACAAAAAAAACAACAGGAAAUUCACGAGCCACCCUUUUCUACUCCAUUGGCUACUCUAACCAAUCCACUACCUUUUGUUACAAGUUACUUAACCUCAACAAAUGUCCGAAGUUUUUUCCAAUCUCCCACUAUCUCUAACAAGGUAACUGAGCUUCAUACACAACCACGAACACAAAAUAGUUUUGAUCAAAGUAUUCCAAACCCAGUUACUUCUACAUUUCAUGGAACACCAUAUCAUCCAAACACCUUCAACUCAAGACCUGUUGAGCCAAUACAAAGUAAUUAUGCAUCUUCUACUUUUGAACAACAAAACUACCAUGCAAUGUCAAUUCAGACGGACUUAUCAACUGAGACAGUUCACCGCAAUGGUAAAAGAAAGAAACCAAACAACCAAGAAAAUACAGAUCCGCAGAUUAUAAACCCACAUGCUUCCAUAUUUCAUCAAAUACCUUCUACUUCUACUUCAAAUGUAAGUCUGCAACAUUCUGCACAACAACCAACAACAAAUGGAGUGGGAGUACAUCAUACUAACAAAAGAAAAGCACCCACUACUGAUGGACAGUACUAUUCAUCGAACAUCAUUCAUCUACCAAUGACCUCAACACCAACUCGAUCUUCAGAUACUACUUCAUCAGAAGAUGAUUCUGAUGAUACUGAUCAAUCAGUACAUUCUGAUGAUACUUCAUCAGAAGACAUUGAAGAAGUUGAUGAAGUUGUAGACAAUGUUGCACAAGUUUAUUCUGAUAUAGGUGAUCCUAUUUGGGAGUGUCAAAUGUGUGGAGCCUUGAUGUGGUAUCAAGAAAGAAAGGAUAAGUCAAGGCAUUCAACUGUACCUAAGUUUCAGUUAUGUUGCGGAGGUGGGAAAGUAAAACUUCCUCUUUUAGAACAACCUCCACAACUUUUGCAAGAUUUGUUAUUUGGAAACCAAUCACCAGCUACCAAAAAUUUCCAAACAAAUAUAAGGACAUACAAUGCCAUGUUUUCUUUUACUUCACCUGGCAUGAAAAUGGAUACUAAAAUUAACAAUGGAAAAGGUCCACCAACUUUAAGAAUGCAAGGACAAACAUGUCACAGAGUUGGAAGUCUGUUGCCUUUGCCAGGGGAUAGUCCUAAAUAUGCUCAGCUAUACAUUUUCGACACUGAUAAUGAAAUAUCAAAUCGAAUGAAUAGCUUCAGGACUAAUAAAGAUAUAGAUGAAGAAAUUGUCAAGAAGCUCAAAUUAAUGCUUGAUCAGAACAAUGUCCAUGCAAAGGUUUUUCGAAUGGCAAGGGAUAUGCUAAAUGAUGUUAAUUUUCAAGAUGUGAAAUUAAAGUUAAUUGCAGACAGGAAAACUGAUGGCAGAAUAUACAACAAACCUACUGUUUCCGAAGUUGCUGCAUUAGUUUUGGGUGAUAUUGACUCUGCUUCAUAUAGAGAUAUAAUUAUGCAAGGACAGUCUGGAAAUCUGCAAAGAAUAGAUGAAUUUCAUGCAAGUUACUUGAGUUUCCAAUAUCCUCUCAUUUUUCCAUAUGGUGAGGAUGGAUAUCGGCCAUCAAUACUGCUACGCUUUGUAGAUGAUACAGACAUUACAAAAAAGAAAAAGUUGACAAUUAUGCAUUGGCUAUCAUUUCGACUGCAACGAAGAAAAGGUGAGGCACUUACUUUGUUGUGCUCAAGGAAAUUAUUGCAGCAAUUUAGUUGUGAUGGUUAUACAAUGAUGGAAGCCGAGAGGCUUAAUUGGUUAAGGAGAAAUCAAUCGAAGUUGAGGGUAGGAAAAUACAGACAGAUAGCAGAAACUCCUACCACAAAUAACCAAAGUGGACCAACAUUGAAAGGAAAAAGGGUAGUGUUACCAUCAACAUUUGUUGGUAGUAAAAGAUACAUGGAUCAAUUGUAUUUUGAUGGUAUGGCUAUUUCAAAUGCUGUUGGGUUUCCUGACAUCUUUAUUACAUUUACAUGCAAUCCAGCAUGGCCUGAAAUCAAAAGAGAACUUGCACAAUAUAAUUUGAAACCACAGGAUCGUCCAGAUAUUGUUGCUAGAGUAUUCAAGAUCAAGUUUGAUGAACUUAUGAAAGACUUGACCAAAAGACAUAUACUUGGUAAAGUAUUAGCAUACAUGUACACAAUUGAGUUUCAGAAAAGAGGGUUACCACAUGCUCAUAUCUUGGUGUUCUUACAUCCAACAAGCAAAUAUCCAACACCUGCAGAUAUAGACAAGAUUAUUUCAGCAGAAAUACCAGAUCCUAAGAUACACAAUGAACUAUACAAUUUGGUCAGGAGUCAUAUGAUUCAUGGUCCAUGUGGUAAGGCUCGGUGGCAGUCACCAUGCAUGAAAGAUAAGAAAUGUUCCAAGUUCUUUCCUAAAAAGUUUAAUGAAACAACCAUUGUGGAUCAUAAUGGUUAUCCAGUCUACAAGAGGAGUGCUACUACACACACAAUUGUCAAAAAUGGUGUGAGCUUGGAUAAUCGACAUGUUGUUCCAUAUAAUGUUACUUUACUGUUGAAAUAUCAAGCUCAUAUUAACAUGGAAUGGUGUAACCAGAGCACUUCAAUUAAGUACUUAUUCAAGUACAUUCACAAAGGUUAUGAUCGUAUUACAGCACAAAUUGUGCCAUCUAAUCAACAAUCAAGAAUUGAAAAACAACCCAUAGAUGAAAUCAAACAAUACCUUGAUUGUAGGUAUAUUUCUCCAAGUGAAGCGUGUUGGAGAAUUUACUCUUUCCCAAUUCACGGCCGUAAACCUGCAGUUGAACGGAUGUUCUUUCAUAUGGUCGGAGAGAAAGCAAUAUACUUUACUGAUCACUCUCGAAUGGAAAAUGUACUUGAAAAAGCAAGUGUUACAGAAUCCAUGUUCACAGCCUGGCUAAUUGCAAAUCAACAAUAUGUGGCAGCCAGAGAACUCACUUAUGGUCAGUUUGUAACCAAAUUUGUUUACAACAAAAAAAACAGAGCCUGGACCCCAAGGAAGAGAGGAUUUACUAUCGGUAGACUAAUAUGGGUACCUCCAACUACCGGAGAGUUGUUCUAUUUGAGAUUAAUGUUAACUGUUGUCAAAGGACCAACUACUUAUGAAGAAAUUCGCAAAGUUGGGGAAAUUCAGUAUCAUUGUUUUAGAGAUGCAUGUUUCGCCAUGGGUUUUUUGGAUGAUGAUAGGGAAUUUAUAGGAGCCAUAAGAGAAGCAUAUCAAUGGGGUUCAGGCUAUUUCCUUAGAAGAUUGUUUGUUAUUUUGCUAUUAUCUGGAGCAAUGAAUAGACCAAAUCAUGUAUGGCGUAGCACCGUCCAUUGGUUGUCAGAUGGAGUAUUAUAUGCUCAGAGAAUUUUAGCUAACAAUCAAGAGUUAUACCUUUCUAAUGAAGAUCUGCAUAAUUUAACCUUGCUUGAGAUUGAAAAACUGUUACAAUCAAGCAGACGUAGUUUGAAGGAAUUCCCUUCAAUUCCUUACCCUAAAGGAUAUGUUUUAGAGCAGCUUGGCAAUAGACUUAUAUAUGAUGAGCGCAACUAUAACACAGAUGCCUUAAAACAGGAAUUUGCUCAACUGCAUGCAUCACUCACAGAUGAACAAAGUCAAAUAUAUGACAAAAUCAUGUUGGCUGUUCAAAAUCAAAGAGGAGGGGUUUUUUUCUUGCAUGGUCAUGGUGGAACAGGUAAAACCUUUAUGUGGCGAACACUUGCAAGUGCACUCAGAUCAAAACAUGAGAUUGUUCUCACAGUAGCUAGCAGCGGAAUUGCAUCCCUUCUACUUCCUGGUGGGAGAACUGCACACUCUAAGUUUAAGAUACCAGUCCCAACAUUUGAAAAUUCAACAUGCAAAAUUGAUCAUGAUAGUGAUCUGGCACAACUACUUAGGCAAACCAAAUUGAUUAUUUGGGAUGAAGCACCAAUGGCACAUAAAUAUACCUUUGAGUGUUUGGAUAGAACACUUAGAGAUAUAAUGGGUGAUGGCAUAACUAAGUGUGACACAAUUUUUGGCGGAAAGGUCAUUGUCUUUGGAGGAGAUUUUAGACAAAUUCUUCCGGUUGUUCCAAGAGGAAAUAGAUCAGAUAUUGUGCAUGCUUCCAUCAGUGCCUCAUAUAUAUGGGAUCAUUGUCAAGUUCUCACUUUGACACAGAACAUGAGAUUAAAACAAGGUUCUAAUCCUGAAGAAAAUUUGCAGAUUUCAGAAUUUUCAAAUUGGCUAUUAAUGGUAGGUGAAGGGAAAAUUGCAGAACCUAAUGACGGUUAUGCUGAGAUAACAAUUCCUAAGGACAUGUUAAUCUUGGAUUUUCAAGAUCCAAUUCUAGCAAUUGUGACAAGUACAUAUCCAAAUUUCUUGGAUAAUUACAGAUCUUAUGAAUAUUUGAAGAAUAGAGCAAUAUUGGCAUCAACUAUUGAAGUAGUUGAUCAAAUCAAUGAUUACGUUCUUGAUUUAAUGCCAGGUGAUGAAAGAGUUUACUAUAGUGCCAAUUCAAUUGAUAGAUCCGAAAUUAAUGACAACAACAUUAUUGAAGUGUUAACUCCAGAAUUUCUAAGCUCAUUACGCACUUCAGGACUUCCAAAUCAUCAAAUCAAAUUAAAAGUUGGAGCUCCAAUAAUGCUUUUGAGGAAUUUGGAUCAAACUGAAGGGUUGUGUAAUGGUACUAGAAUGAUUGUUACAAAGCUGGCAACUCAUGUAAUAGAAGCAAAGAUUAUGGGGGGUAAACAUCAUGGUAAUGUUACAUACAUUCCAAGGAUGGACAUGUCACCAUCACAAUCUCCAUGGCCAUUCAAAUUAUCUAGGAGACAGUUCCCAAUAAUUGUGUCAUAUGCAAUGACAAUUAACAAAUCUCAAGGGCAGUCUCUUGAUUGGGUUGGUCUAUAUUUACCAAGAGAUGUAUUUAGUCAUGGUCAAAUUUAUGUUGCCAUAUCAAGGGUAACAAGCAAAAAAGGUAUCAAAAUUUUGAUACAUGAUGAAAACAAAAAUCCAAAGGAAACUACUACAAAUGUGGUUUAUAAGGAAGUAUUUCAAUAUGUUUAG